GUCGACUUUUGGCAAGAAUGAGCAGCAAAGAGAUCACGGUGGGCCAGUCCAGCCAGUACGUGGGGCCUUACCGGCUGGAGAAGACCCUCGGGAAGGGACAGACAGGCCUGGUGAAGCUGGGUGUCCACUGCAUAACCGGGCAGAAGGUGGCCAUAAAGAUCGUGAACAGAGAGAAGCUUUCCGAGUCGGUUCUAAUGAAGGUGGAGAGAGAGAUAGCUAUUCUUAAACUAAUAGAGCACCCUCAUGUUCUGAAGCUCUAUGAUGUCUAUGAAAAUAACAAAUACCUGUAUCUGGUGUUGGAGCAUGUGUCUGGUGGAGAGUUGUUUGACUACUUGGUGAAGAAAGGCAGGCUGACUCCCAAAGAGGCCCGGAAAUUCUUCAGACAAAUCAUCUCCGCCCUCGAUUUCUGCCAUAGUCAUUCCAUAUGUCACAGAGACCUGAAGCCAGAGAAUCUUCUCCUGGAUGAGAAGAACAACAUUAGGAUAGCAGACUUUGGCAUGGCCUCACUUCAAGUUGGGGGCAGUCUGCUGGAGACCAGCUGUGGGUCUCCUCAUUAUGCUUGCCCAGAGGUCAUUAGGGGAGAGAGGUACGAUGGUCGCAGGGCUGAUGUUUGGAGCUGUGGAGUUAUUCUCUUUGCUCUGCUUGUGGGUGCCUUGCCUUUUGACCACGACAACCUGCGGCAGCUUCUGGAGAAGGUGAAGAGUGGAGUUUUCCACAUGCCCCACUUCAUACCGCCUGACUGCCAAGCUUUGCUGAAAGGGAUGAUAGAGGUCAACCCUGACAAACGACUCACGCUUGAAGCAAUACAAAAACACAACUGGUACCUGGGCGGCCGGAACGAGCCUUGCCCGGAGCAGCCGCCUCCUCGCCGGGUGUGUGUGAAGAGGAUCCUGUCCCUGUCGGACCUGGACCCAGACGUCCUGGAAAGCAUGUACUCUUUAGGCUGCUUCAGAGACCGAGUGAAGCUCACACAGGACCUUACAAGUGAGGAGGAGAACCAGGAGAAAAUGAUCUACUACCUCCUCCUGGAUAGAAAAGAGCGAUACCCGAGCUGCGAAGACGAGGACCUGCCGCCCAGAAACGACCUUGUUGUCCAAGACCCACCCAGGAAGCGUGUGGAUUCCCCGAUGUUGACGCGUCACGGUCGGUGUCGUCCAGAGAGAAAGAGCUUGGAGGUCCUCAGCGUCACAGAACAGGGGUCUCCCACCCCACCUCGCAGGGCUCUGGACACCAACGCUCACAGUCAGAGGUCUCGUUCGGUCAGCGGUGCGUCCACGGGUCUGUCCUCCAGUCCUCUCAGCAGUCCCAGGAGCCCGGUCUUCACCUUUAGCCAAUCAGAGGCCACCUCCACCUCCACUUCCUCCUCCAAAGACCCCAAAGCAGGAAGUGGCACCACUCCUCGACCCGCCCGCCCGAUGCCCGACCCAAAAACCCAGACCUUGCCCUCGAAGGGUCCCGCUGACCGGCCCCAGCUCCACUCCAUGAAGUCACUCCCUCUCCAGACUCCACGCUCUCCUUCCCCCUCCCCCUCCCCCGUCCUCUCCCCAAUCCCGCGGUUCUUCAACUUCCCCUCUCCGUCCGUCUUCAGGUCCAAGAACGUCCACUCGUCCUCUAACUCCUCUGCCACCCCUUCCCCUGUGUCGCAGGUCACACCGCAGGGCUCGCCCCUGCCCACCCCGCUCGGCACACCCGUGCACCAAAUCCAUCACCCUUCCUCCACCACUCCUCCCUCCUCCUCCUCCUCGUCCUCUUCCUCCAGAGUGGACGGGGCGGGCGGGGCCUCGUUGACCCCGCCCUCCAGUCCUGGAGGUAGCGGCAACUUGGCCGCCUCGAGCUCCACCCACUGGAGGACGAGGCUCAACUCGUUCAAAAACAAUCUGCUGGGCUCACCGCGGUUCCAUCGGCGCAAACUGCAAGUCCCGACAUCAGAGGACAUGUCCAGUCUGACUCCAGAGUCCAGUCCAGAGCUGGCUAAGCGGUCGUGGUUUGGUAACUUCAUCAGUCUGGAGAAGGAGGAGCAGAUCUUUGUUCUGAUCAGAGACAAGCCGCUCAGCUCCAUCAAGGCGGACAUCGUCCACGCCUUCCUCUCAAUCCCCUCCCUCAGCCACAGUGUGGUGUCUCAGAAUAGUUUCCGGGCGGAAUACAAGUCCUCGGGCGGCCCCUCUGUCUUCCAGAAACCUGUCAAGUUCCAGGUGGACAUCGCUUUCUCUGAGGGAGAGAGAGAACGAGAGAGGGAACGAGCAGAGAGGGAAGGACGAAGAGAGAUGGGCAUCUACAGUGUCACCUUCACGCUAUUAGCAGGUCCCAGUCGCAGGUUUAAAAGAGUCGUAGAAACUAUUCAAGCUCAGCUUCUCAGCACUCACGAUCAGCCAUCUGUUCAGGCUCUGGCAGAUGAGAAGAACGGUCAGCUCUCCCGUCCGCCCAGCGCUCCUUCCCAUCAGAACUCCCGGAAUUUCGAAAGCGGAUCAGAUCGAGUGGAGAGGGAGCCCACGGUGGACGGGGUGAGCGGCGGUGGCAGCAGCAGCAACAGCGGCGGGACGGCCUUACAACGGCGAGAGUCGGGGAGAGACAAGACCAGACUCCUUUCAUCGUCCAACGGGACGCAGUCUCACCCGUGAAAAGAAUGUUGCAAACGAGAAGAGAGGGUUGACCGCUUGGCUUGCCUCUCUUCCUCCACUCAGUCCUUCCUGCUUUCUUCCCUUAGCCUUUUCCUUACUUCCUUCCGGGCUUCUGACCUUUAAUCCCAUUUAAAGGAACGGGAGGCGAGAAGGACUUUAGUCAAAAAUCGUCUAGAGAUCCAGAGAAUUCCCCCACAGUGUCUGUCUGUAGUAGGAAGGCGUACAGAAGGGAGUGGGAAAGUAGAACAGAGAAAGCUCACAACCAGGGAAACGAGUCGUUCACCUCCCACAGCAGAUCGACAAAGCACAGGACAUUUCCAACAAACUAUCACAAUCAACAGUUGCUUCAGACUUUGCAGGAAACCUCCAGGUCAAUCAGUCAGGUUGGUUCACUGUGACACUGGCCAACGACUUGAGUGCGUCGAAGCAUUCCCUUUCAUCACUUCCUGCCCAUCCAGAUUUAUCGUCCACAUCACUUCCUCCCCUCACCUUUCUACGGGCGAACAAAUGAGUUUUCUCCAAGCCGAAGGAAAGCCGGCCAAGAAUCAGAUGAGCUUUGUGAUUGUUUGAAGUGGUUUGUGUUCCUAAAGGCUCAGCAAACCCUAACGGCACGUUUUCACAAUCAAACGGGAAUAGAGCAGAGGAGCAAAUAUCGCCAGAGAACGGAUUCACGGUAACGUGGACACCGUGCGUCGGAGUGACAUAAUUUUUCCUCAAACAUAUGGAGCCCCACCCCAACUCCACAGUUAUUUCUGACAUACAACGAUAUGAAGCUAUGAUACCAUAUUGCCUUUACAAGAGAAGACAAAUGUGGACAACGGUGAGAAUUCAGCCACAUUUCAAGGAAACUAGUCACGCUGCGAGGAGGGUCCCUACUAGUCUAAAAGCAUGCUGGAGGAAAAGAUUAGGAGGCUAAACAUAGAAGGAGCUGCCUGUUAAUUUAAAUGCAGUGGACACACAAAAAAAUAACAAAAACAAGAAGCCAAAAACCUUCUCUUUGGCUUAUUUAGAAAUGAAAAGCAGUUUUUAUGUGAAUGACUUUUAGAGCAUUUCUUUUACACCAUACGUAAUCCAUAUAAAUGGAAAAUUUUGUUGUUUUUUUAUUUACUAGUUUCUCCCGAUGCAUUUGCUGUUUUAGAAAUUUUAGU